GUAUAUAAAGUGCGUACACUGGACCCGAAACGGUAUCAAAGUUUAGUAAACCAGCAACGUUACAACACACGUGUUCGCUACUUUUCCAGUAACCAGCUCAGAACAAAUUCCAAGCCGCCGAAAAUGUUGUCCAAGGUAUUCGUCCUGCUCGCUGUCGUCGCCGUUGGCGUCCACUCAGUGGCAAUCGGCGUCGCUGCACCGGUUGCCACCGUCGUCAAGACUGAAGAAUACGAUCCCCAUCCACAGUACAGCUACUCGUACGGAGUGCACGAUGCCGUCACCGGAGACAACAAGGAACAGCACGAGACCCGCGAUGGCGAUGUUGUGACUGGCCAGUACUCCCUCGUUGAACCCGAUGGCACCCGUCGCACCGUGGACUACACUGCCGAUCCCGUCAACGGAUUCAACGCAGUCGUAAGCAAGUCCGGCGAACCUGCACCGGUUGUGAAGACCGUAGCCGUUGCCCACCAUGCCCCAGCAGUUGCCGUCGCCCAUGCCCCGGCCUUAGCAGUUGCCCACGCUCCAGCUGUCGUCACCCAUGCAGCUCCUGCUCUGACCUAUGCCCACGCCCCAGUAGCCUACCACCACACUCCAGCUGUGGCGUACCAUGCACCUGCUGUAGCCGUGGCACACGCCCCAGUGGCCUAUCAUCACCCAUCUGCGCUGCUGUCCCACGAAUUGCACGAGCUGCACCACGAACCACUGCUGUCUCACACGCUGUACCACCACUAAAGGGGGUCAACUUCGGAAGCGUUCCGGAUUCGUAACCCCUCCCUCUCGGACCAUGCGGCAAUGAAUUCGAACUUGGAUUGGACCUCCCCACCAACAUUGACGGCACUAUUACGUUCGUAGGUUUUAUACGAUGACUCAAAUUUGUUCUGUUCUGUAGUUACACACACACACUGGUUGCAACAUGAGAUGAGAUUAUCGAAUAAAGUAUUUGUUUUUUUUUUAUUCUUAUACAAUUGCUAAUUAGUAAUGUAAG